GUUCCCCACAAACUGGAUUUCCAACACAAGUAAAGGCACACUCUAUAGGCGUUGCCAAAAACCAACAAUAAUCCGGAAGUGUAACAGGGUCCACCCGUCGCACUGCAUUCUGGGAACUUGUCAUCAUGGCCGCCACUCGAAGGUUGGCAAAGGAACUCGAGCAGAUGCGUGGCAAUGGAUUAAAGUCAUUCCGAGACAUCCAAGUGGAUGAGUCCAACAUGCUUUUCUGGCAGGGACUUAUUGUGCCCGACAGCCCACCGUACAACAAGGGUGCGUUCAAGAUCGAGAUAGUCUUCCCAGCAGAGUACCCCUUCAAGCCGCCGAAGAUCACCUUCAAGACGAAGAUCUACCACCCCAACAUAGACGAGAAGGGCCAGGUGUGCCUGCCCAUCAUCGGCCCCGAGAACUGGAAACCUGCCACCAGGACUGACCAAGUUAUCAACGCGCUGGUGGCGCUGGUGAACGACCCAGAGCCCGAGCACCCGCUGCGGGGUGACCUCGCCGAGGAGUACACGAAAGACAGGAAGAAGUUCUUGAAGAGCGCGGAGGAGUACACAAAAAAACACGCCGAGAAACGGCCGGCAGACCUUUGACGUGCUCCAGACGCGCCCUGCUAUUCUCCUGUUGCUGAAAUUGUUCCCGAGGUGUAGAUGUCAAUCUUUAAGCUAUUCUGAUGUGACUGCAUCACCAAUGUCAUCCUAAUCUUUGCUGAAAAGUUGCUCCGUAUUGGUAGAAAACAUUGUGGAAAGUUGAUUUUGCUCAUUCUCAAGCAAAGCAGGACUUGUGCAAACGUCUAACUGUAAUUUAAGUCUUCCUCAGGGGUACUGACCAAAUACAGUAGUCAUGUGACCUGAUGGUUAUUAAUGGAGUCACAUGACAUUAGGUCAUGUGUCAAAGGUCAUACACUAAGAGAGACUUGAGUGACAGUUGAAAAUUUUGGCAAAUCUUGUUUUGUGCAGAAACAGAAAAACUUCAACUUUCCACAGUCAUCUUACUCUUGCUCAGAUAGCCCAGUCACUGUAACAGGGACUCAGGGCAACAUAGUCAAAUGUUGAAUGGCUCCCCCCUUGUAGUGUGGCCAAAAUUUCCUCCAAUUGGAGAGACUUACACAAGUAAUGAUACUUAGUCAUCUCAAUUAUCUGAUAGUCAAGGGGAAUGGUCUUCUUCACAAUUGUAGAGGAAUGUCUUCGUUUGUCAACACACUUCUGCAAGAAGACAACAUUUUCGUUAAUCUUUUUUGACACAAUUUUGAGUAAAUAUGUUUAAAAUCACUUUGUUGAGGGCAGUUAUACAGUUGCACAGUGCAUGAGGUUUAUGUAGCUUUUUUUUUUUGGCCACUUGGAAGACCAGAAACUGGUGAAUUGUUAAGUUGUAAAAAUGGUGGAUCAUAAAAGUUAUUCCAUAAAAAAUAUGUAAUAUGUAAUGAUACAGUAGUUAGUACUGGACUUGUGAUUAGUUGUUAAGACUGGGAUUGUGGGACAUCAAACUCCAAACAAGUUGAAAAUUAACACAAGAAAUAUCUAUAUAUAUGUUCGAUGUAGCUAAUGUGUUUUUGUAAAAGUAUGGUCUCAAAGACAGCACAUCCGAUGAUACAGUACACAGAAUGGAAAGUAUGUUUCACUUCAAUGUUAGCAAUUUGUAGUGCUUUGUCCAGAACAGACUUUAGCAAAAGUUCACUCUGGUUGUCAUGGAAAAUAGAAAGGUUCUGGUUGUCUUAAUGGUA